AUGUCUUUCUUGGUUCUUUAAUUUAUCUAAAUUAAAGAGUAANAGAAACUGUCCCCUCAAGAAGGAUUGCAAGCAUAAACUCCAGCCCAAGAGAUUUAAUUUGAAAACAAACAAUUUUGUGUUGUUGUGAUGGUAAGAUCAGGAAACGCCUUCUUAAGCGAGGCUCUCAAGGUGCUUCCAGGAGCUUCUGUUGGAUUUAUUUUAGUUUAAGAACAUCCAUAAACUAAGGAUCCCUAGUUAAUUUAUUGCAAAUUUCCUGAAGAUAUAGAUCAAAAAUAAGUAUUAAUAUUCUAAAUUAGGUAAUCCUCACAGAUGCUAUGAUUACUACGGGGGGAAGAAUCAGCACAGCAAUAAAAGCACUUCAAUCUAAUGGAGUCAAUUAAGAAAAUAUUGCUGCCGUGAACAUUGUUUCAUGCGAAAAAGGACUCUCUAAAGUCUUGCAUUAAUUCCCUAAAGUUAAAGUAAUUACAGCUGGAGUUGAUUAUGCACUCAAUACUAUUCAAGAUCAUCGUUUCCCAGGAGUUGGAGACUUUGGAGAUAGAUAUUUUGGAACUGUUGAUCAAUGA